AUGAUAAGGCAAAGUGUUGUGCGGUUAGCAGGGAAGAGAUCUCUGGGCACGUAUCAACCACCGGUAGUGGAAAUCACGAACAUCAAGAAUUCAUGGCCCACUUUACGGCCUGAAGUUAGGGAUGAAAUCAGAGAGUAUGUACGAUGGAGAAUGGAAGAAGAUUGGAGGCACCUACCGCUAGAGGAGAUCAAAGCCGCAUAUUUCUUAUCUUAUGGUCCCUGUGGUGGUAGAUCCAAGGGCAACCAAUGGAAUGUAGGGUACACUGGAAUGCGAAUGGCGUUUAAUCUUGUUUUGUUCGGUGGUGCAGCCACUGCGUUUUAUAACUGGAAGCAAGACAAAAAACUGGAAGAACGUCUGAACGGACUUGUAUAA